AUGCCGGGUAAGCAGCAGAGUGAAGAUGGGGGAGAUGGACAAGGCAAAACAAAGGGUUCAAUGGGGACUGGGAUGACUACCAUCUUCCUGAACCCCACUAACAGUCUCGCAAUCUCUCAACUAUCACCAUUCGUCUUUCACAUGGGUGAAAAUAGAGCAGGUGACAAGGCAGAGAAGGAUAGGAACAAGAAGUGGGAGAUGGCGUUCACGGCGCGGGCGAGGCAGAUUGUACCUGGUCUCUACCUCGGAAACGUCGAAGCGUCACACCAAAGGGAAAUACUUCAAGCAAAUCAUAUCAACGCAAUCGUCUCUCUGACUGACGCUCGGUGGGUGUGGUGGAACAGCACUACAAGAGACGCAGGCAUUCCGGCACAUCGUCACAAAUGGGUCCAGUGCGCAGAUUCGUCGACGCAAGACCUCCUUGCUCAUAUGAGCGGCAUUUGCGACUUUAUCGACCAGAUGGCCUCCCCAGCUCUUUCGUCGCUGUCUUCCUUGCCCGUCGAGCACAAACACGAUACAAAUGAUGGGUCGUGUGGAGCUCCUCCGGAGGCCAUACUAAUCCACUGUGAUCUUGGGAUAUCACGGUCGCCAACGAUAAUCAUUGCCUAUCUUAUGCGCAAAUUACGUAUGCAGCAAGCGAACGUGUUGAAUUUUGUUCAAUCAAGCCAAAGAAUUAAACCGAACCCUAAUUUUAUUCGCCAACUUCAAGUAUGGGAGAUGGUUGGGUAUGAAGUAUGGGAGGACGAAGACAGGACUGCCCCGAAAGCGCCCUACAAAGCAUAUUUGGAGGAUCGGGCUGCCCUCCUUGAAAAUAGAGGGCUCACCGGAAAUGAACCGCUCGCGCCUCAAGAUCUUUAG